UGUCAAUAGAGUGGAAUUUUAAAUUAAAAUGCCAGAUUGGCCCUCUAUGGCUGUGAUAUGGAUUAUUCUAUGGGACUGGUGGCCGAAGUCCGUGAAGUUAACAUAUGUGGGGUACAAAGGCUACCACAAGGCUGAGAGCACGGACCAAGCACCCAAAAUAUUUUCGAGCCUCGUCGAGACUUCAUGGGACGGCGCUUGAAGGGACUUACUUCAUAUUCCUGCAUAUACGUCAAGAUUUUUCGGCAUAUAUUUGACAAAAUGUCGACCGUCUUACCUCCCCCGAGCAAGCGCGCAAGAACGGACGCAGCAGAGAGAGCGGGACAGCAACAAGCUAUCGAAGAGAUACCGUCGGAUGCGGGGAGCUUACGGAUACAGUUUUUCGACGAGACGACAGGCCUCCCAAUCGGCUCAGGACCAAUCUUGGUUGCAGUUGCGGAUGCAAACCCAAAGAACUUAGAGAAUCUUGUUAAUGCUCUGCAAGGCCAUGAUGAAUCUGACCAUAUUCCUUAUCGCUUCACCCUCCCCGUCCCAGAAAGGAAAGCCUCCAUAAACCUCAUCACCACCGCCUUCCCUACCAACGUCUACAAAACCCUCCUGCAGCCGGGAUUAAUAAGUACCGAAGAGGUGCAGAACAUCUCUGCCGCGCCACAAGCAGUUUUCAAAGUCAAGCCGGUCUCGCGAUGCGCGUCCACGAUCCCAGGACAUGGCGAAGCCAUCUUAGCCACGCAAUUCUCACCGAGGAGUUCGUCCAGGAUGGUUAGCGGUAGUGGUGACAAUACCGCAAGGAUAAUGGACUGCGAUACUGGUACUCCCAUCCACACGCUGAAGGGCCAUACAAGCUGGGUGUUGGCCGUUAGCUGGUCGCCGGACGACAUUAGAAUAGCAACUGGUAGUAUGGACAACACAGUGCGUUUAUGGGACCCGAAGACUGGUGGCGAAAUGGGCAAGCCGAUGAAGGGCCAUUCAAAGUGGGUUACGAGUUUAAGUUGGGAGCCAUACCACAUGCAGAAGCCAGGAGAGCCGAGACUCGCCUCGUCGUCGAAGGAUUGCACGGUUAGAGUAUGGUCGACAAACCAGGGGAAGAUCGAUAUGGUAUUCAGCGGACACAAGGGAUCGGUGUCGUGCGUGAAGUGGGGAGGAACUGGGUUCAUCUACUCGGCGUCUCACGACAAGACCAUCAAGGUGUGGAACGUCAGUGACGGCACUUUGGCUCACACUUUGAGCUCCCACGCGCAUUGGGUCAACCAUCUCGCGCUGUCCACAGACUUCGUCCUCCGCACUGCCUACCACGACCACACCGGCAAGAUCCCCGAGACACAGGAAGGCAAGGUAGCCGCAGCGAAAGAGCGGUUCCUCAAGGCAGCCACCAUCCAGGGCGAGGUCGUUGAGCGCCUCGUCUCCGCUUCGGACGACUUCACCAUGUUCCUCUGGGAACCUUCUAAGGGGACGAAGCAUAUCGCCAGACUCAUGGGACAUCAGAAACAAGUGAACCAUGUGACCUUCUCGCCGGAUGGGUUGCUCAUCGCAUCGAGCGCCUUCGACAACUCCACGAAGCUCUGGAACGCACGUGAUGGAAAGUUCAUCAACACGCUUAGGGGCCAUGUUGGGCCAGUGUACCAGUGUGCCUUUAGCCCGGACUCGAGACUGCUGGUAACCGGCAGCAAAGACACGACGCUGAAGUGCUGGGACAUGAGGACGCACAAGCUCGCAGUUGAUUUGCCUGGCCAUCAAGAUGAAGUGUAUUCGGUCGACUGGAGCCCAGAUGGGAAAAUGGUCUGUAGUGGAGGAAAAGACAAGGCCAUCAGGACCUGGAGGCACUGAGAAUAGUAAUGAAUAGGGCGUUGCGCAGUUGAAUCCGCCCGACACAUGAAAUCCCAUGAAAUGUCCGUCGAUGGAAGGGAAGGCCCUAUGACCUGGCUGUUCUCGAAACGUGCUGCAGAUUGUGCACCCCAUCUAACCGCGUGCCACACCCACCUGUGUGGGUAACAAGGGACUUCAGUCUUUUCAGUCGGCUGCUCUCUUGGAGUAUGGGAAAUGAGUUGAAGCACAACACAUACAGCCUUGGCUUCUGUGACAGGCCUGGUCCCACCGUCCACUACCUAUAGUAUCAAUAUGAGCGAAAAUGGCGCAUGCACCCCCUUUCCAGUCCAAUUACUGUACGCAAACGGUUCAUCAAUCUCAAAUGCUACCGUGUAACAACGUGAUUCUCGAUACAUGUGAAAGUUGCGUAUGGGAGGGUGUUACGCAAAAGCCGCAGCAAUGACCUGGGACCCGGAGGAGCGGCAAGCGUUCGCUGGCGGUGGCAAGCCAAGCGAGGCCCAGGCUGAUCAUGAAAAGAAGUCGAGAAGCUGAUUUGCUGCACGGCAUUUUCGCACAAUCAGGAGUACAGAGAAGCGCCGUUGUCGUUGGUUUGUCGCGCCGAGCUGCGCCCGGGGUUCUGGGGUUUGGGACGGCGGACGGCAUUUGGUAGUGUGAGGGAAUUGAUGCCCUAUGGGCCCUGCGUGUCGGAAAUAAACGGCUCAACGAUGUUUUCGUGGACCGCCGCGCCACGCGAUGUUUCUUUAAGUGUCUGCUGGAGUACUCUACUACAGGACAAGUACUCCCUGUAGUUGAGGCUGUUGAGCCAAUACAGAACUGCAUAUUGCUGGCAUGGAUAUAUCACACAUACGGAGAGUAUACUCUAUCACACGCAUACCUCAGUACUCGUUGGAAUGCGCGCUUGGAGCCAAUGAGGCCGACCGCGUGUCAGCUUAGCCCUGUGUUAGUGGCCCAUACUUGUGGGCAGCAAUUGGGCUCUGGCAUGCAUUUCGGUUUUAACUCUCAUCUUGAGUUACGGGAGCGCGGAGAUGAGAUAUUUAAGGGCCGCGGGCAUGGAUGGCUCAUAGGGAGGUGCUUGGAUGGUUCGUUGUGAAUUCCAUAUACAUAUCACCGUGGAGCAGCACCAUUGUUCCUCCAAAUCCAUUGCAUAUGUAUGAUGUAUGUACCACAUACAGGCAUGCAGGCGCUGGGUGGAAGUGCUCUAGCCUCCGUCUGCUGGCUCCCUACUUCCCGUAGUUCGUAGUUGGCGCAAGAUUGGAACUCCCAAUAGCAAUUGCUGGUGGUAUAUGUGGUAUAUGGCCGAAUGCAGGCAUGGAUGGAUAUAGACUCCGGGCUGAGUUGAGUCAGUAGUCAGUCGGUUCAGCCUGGCCGGAGCAAGAUACGAUACAUACGCGCCAGCUUGUCAGCUGUAUCGUUUGUGAUGAAACAUCUCUCGUCUCCUGCGUGGGGACAUAGAGUAAGAUCCCUCCCCCAAAAGAAUGAGGAUGAGGCCAACUGCAGACUCUCCAUUUGCAUGUUGCUGCCAGGGACGUGUCCGUGUCCGUGUCCGUGUCGUGUCCGUGUCCAUGUCCGUAUCACUUGUUGUGAUUAUGAAGGAAGAGACAGACUAUAACUUAUCGAACAGGGCCGAUGUAUG